UGCAUUUUUCCCAACCCAAAGAAGGUUGGUUCACGUUAAGGACUCCGCUAUGCCCGCGGCGCACCGGACCUUCGCCUCGGUGGCGUACUGCUCCGGCGCAGGCCGCGAGGGCCACGCAGCCGCCGCCGACCUCGACGGCACCCUCCUCGUCUCCUGCAGCUCCUUCCCCUACUUUUUCCUCCUCGCCGUCGAGGUCGGCGGCUUCCUCCGCGCCGCCGCGCUGCUUCUCCUCUCCCCAGCCAUACUCCUCGUCUACAAGCUCUUCUCCGAGGCCGCCGGCAUCCAGAUGCUCAUCUACAUCGCGGUCACCGGUGCGCUCACGCGCGACGUGGAGCUGGCGGCGAGUGCGGUGCUGCCGCGGUUCUACGCCGCUGACGUGCUCGCAGACAGCUGGCGCGUGUUCCGCGCCUGCGGGCGGCGGCGGGUGGUGGUGACGGCAAACCCACGGGUGAUAUUGGUUGAUCGCAAGGGAGUACUUAGGGGCGGACGCCGUGCUGGGGACGGAGCUGGAGGUGGACGAGAGGAUGGGAAGAGCCACGGGGAGGGUAGCGGCCGAUGGCGUGAUGGUAGGCCGUCGGAAGAGAGAGGAAGAAGGAGUUCGCGGCAGAACCACUGCCGGAGUUGGGACUCGGAGACCGGGAGUCCGACCACUAUUUCAUGGCUCUCUGCAAGGAAGCUUACAUGGUCCCUUACGGCUUACGACCCAAAGGCGGUCCGCGUGGCGGCGGCGGCGGAACUCGACUCGCCGAUCAUCUUCCACGAUGGCAGGCUGGUUCAGCGGCCGGAUCCCCUCGUCGCCCUCCUCACCCUCCUCUGGCUCACCAUCCAUCGGCUUCACUCUCUCCCUCCUCCGCGUCUUCCUCAACCUCCCCGUCCCCGCCCCCUUCGUCCGCCACACCUAUCGCCUCACCGGCAUCCGCCUUUCCAUCCACGGCCCCACCGCUGGCGCCUCUUCGUCUGCAACCACCGCACCGGCACCGCGCUCGACCCCAUCAUCAUCAGCAUCGCGCUCGCCCACCCCGUGGCGUGCGCCACGUACAGCGUGAGCUCCGUCUCUGUUUCGCUGUGCCCCAUCCGUGCCGUCGUCCUGUCACGCGAUCGCACCGCCGACGCGGCCCUCAUCGCGGCGCUGCUGGCGGAGGGCGACGUGGUGGUCUGGCUGGAGGGAACCACAUGCCGCGAGCCAGCACUGCUGAGCUUCAGCAGCUAAGCUGCUGAGAUUAGAAAGAUUUAGUAAAAAUAAUGAGUUAAAAAGGAUGUCAGGUAUUAUUAUUGGAAUGAGGUUUUUUUUUUUUUUUGGAU